UAGGGGUGAGAGCAAAGCAAAGACAGCGGUGAGAAAGCUCAGUUGAGGACUUGAAAGAGGCAGAGCACGCAGGGCAGACUUGGAUGGUGAGACUGAGAAGGCCUGGUGACAAUCGAGCUUGAAGACUUAGCUCUUCAUCGGGAGAAGGGAACAGGGCGUUUCGAAAAGACCUCGCGUGUGAAGGACGGACUGGAAAGAUCACUAUCUUCGUGGAGAGUGGUGAAGGGAGCCUGAGGAAAGUGGGUGAUUUCCAGACGCAUUGAGGAGACGAAUUAAGACGGCAAAUGGGCAGCACCCAGGCCCCGGCUUCUAGUGACCUCAGCGGUCACGGGAGAAUAAAAGCAGCCCUGUUGAUGACUGAAAAUGACAAAGCAUCCACCUAACAGACGAGGAAUCAGCUUUGAAGUGGGAGCCCAGUUGGAAGCUCGGGACCGUUUAAAGAACUGGUAUCCAGCUCACAUUGAAGACAUUGACUACGAAGAAGGGAAAGUUCUUAUCCAUUUCAAGCGCUGGAACCAUCGUUACGAUGAGUGGUUUUGCUGGGACAGUCCUUACCUCCGCCCUUUAGAGAAGAUCCAGCUGAGGAAAGAGGGCUUGCACGAGGAGGAUGGUUCUUCUGAAUUUCAAAUAAACGAGCAAGUGCUUGCUUGCUGGUCUGACUGUCGAUUUUAUCCAGCCAAAGUCACUGCUGUGAACAAGGAUGGUACUUACACUGUGAAAUUUUAUGAUGGAGUAGUUCAAACUGUCAAACAUAUUCAUGUCAAAGCUUUUUCCAAAGAUCAGAAUAUUGUGGGUAAUGCUAGGCCUAAAGAAACAGAUCACAAAAGUCUUUCGUCAUCUUCUGAGAAACGAGAGAAAUUUAAAGAACAGAGAAAAGCCUCGGCCAAUGUCAAGAAAGACAAAGCGGAAAAAGCCUUAAAGACAGAAAAGCGACCCAAACAGCCUGACAAAGAAGGAAAGCUGACCUGCUCAGAAAAGGGCAAAGUGUCAGAGAAAAGCCUUCCCAAGAACGAGAAGGAAGACAAGGAGAACAUUUCGGAGAAUGACAGGGAGUACUCUGGGGAUGUCCAGGUGGAAAAGAAGCCUGAAAAUGACCUUGUGAAGAGUCCACAAGAGAACCUGAAGGAACCAAAAAGAAAACGAGGCAGACCCCCUUCCAUAGCUCCUACUGCUGUAGAUUCAAACUCUCAAACUUUGCAACCAAUAACAUUGGAAUUGAGAAGACGGAAAAUAUCAAAAGGAAGUGACAUCCCAUUAAAACGUCCCCGACUUGACAAAAAUUCAUCCCAGGAACAGUCCAAAAACCGCUCUGAAAACAGUGACAAAGACUUGUCCAGGAGACGGUCCUCUAGGCUAUCUACUAAUGGAACCCAUGAGACCCUAGAUUCCGACUCGGUUGUACCUGAUCUGGUUCAUACGGUUGAUACGAAUCCUCUACAAGACAAGGCAUCUAGUGCCAAGGAAUCUGCUGAAGGUCAAUUGAAAUCUCCAUUGGAGGCUGGCCAGGUCUCAUCUGUAUUAACUUGCCAUUCCUUUGGGGAUGGACUGGGGGCUGCAGACUUGGAGUUGAACUGCAAGUCAAUGGGAGAAAACACUAUGAAAACAGAACCACUCUCUCCUCUUGCUGAGGCACAGGAGGUUUCGACUGUUGAAGUUCCAAAUACUUUGAGGAAAACAGAUGACUUUGUGGCAUUGAAUGUGCCAGCUGUGGACCUAGACCACAAGUUUCGAUGCAAGGUUGUGGACUGUUUGAAAUUUUUCCGCAAGGCUAAGCUGCUGCACUAUCAUAUGAAGUAUUUCCAUGGGAUGGAGAAAUCACCAGAGCCAGAGGAGAGUCCGGGGAAGAGGCAUGUGCAAACUCGGGGCUCUGCAGGGCCUGACAAGGCCAGCCAGGAGAACCUGACCAGGAAGCGGGGCUCUGCCAGCUCCCCAACUGCAAAAGAGAAGGAAAAGAAUAAAGAGAAGAAAUUCAAAGAGCUUGUGAGAGUGAAACCAAAGAAGAAAAAGAAAAAGAAAAAGAAAACCAAGCCUGAAUGUCCCUGCAGUGAAGACAUCAGCGACACCUCCCAGGAACCUUCUCCACCCAAAGCAUUUGCUGUCACCAGGUGUGGGUCCUCACAUAAGCCUGGGGUCCAUAUGAGCCCACAACUCCAUGGUUCAGAUAAUGGAAACCAUAAAGGGAAACUGAAAGCAUGUGAGGAGGAUAAUUUGAGUGAGUCCUCUUCUGAGAGCUUUCUUUGGACUGAUGAGGAAUAUGGUCAAGAUGUCGAUGUCACCACCAACCCUGAUGAGGAGCUUGAUGGGGACGACCGCUAUGAUUUUGAGGUGGUUCGUUGCAUCUGUGAAGUCCAGGAGGAAAAUGACUUCAUGAUUCAGUGUGAAGAAUGCCAGUGCUGGCAGCACGGGGUCUGCAUGGGAUUACUGGAAGAAAAUGUGCCCGAGAAAUAUACCUGCUAUGUCUGCCAAGACCCUCCAGGUCAGAGGCCUGGCUUCAAGUACUGGUAUGAUAAGGAGUGGUUGAGCCGGGGACAUAUGCAUGGCCUGGCAUUUCUAGAAGAGAACUACUCCCAUCAGAAUGCCAAGAAGAUUGUGGCCACCCAUCAGCUUCUUGGUGAUGUGCAGAGAGUGAUUGAGGUGCUUCACGGCUUGCAGCUCAAGAUGAGCAUCUUGCAAAGCAGGGAGCAUCCUGAUCUGCAGCUGUGGUGCCAGCCUUGGAAACAGCGCUCUGCGGAUGGGAGAGUGCAUUCCAGACACAUCCACAUCACAGACUCCAGCAGCAAGGAGGAGUCCCCCAGCUAUAGAACUUUGAAUGGGGCGGUGGAGAAGCCGCUACCCCUGCCCCGAUCUGUGGAGGAGUCCUAUAUCACCAGUGAGCACUGCUACCAGAAGCCCCGCACCUAUUACCCUGCUGUGGAGCAGAAGCUGGUAGUAGAAACAAGAGGCUCUGCCCUUGAUGAUACAGUCAACCCCCUCUGUGAGAAUGGUGACGAUCCCCUCUCCCCUCGCCUAGGCUGGAGCAGAGGGGACAGUGAUCCUAAACCCAGCUCCCCAAAGGUGAAGGAGUACAUUUCCAAGAAGGUCCUGCCGGAAGAAGCCCCUGCUCGGAAGCUGCUGGACAGAGGCGGAGAAGGCCUGGUGAGCUCGCAGCACCAGUGGCAGUUUAACCUGCUGACGCAUGUGGAGUCUCUUCAGGAUGAAGUAACACAUCGGAUGGACUCCAUUGAGAAGGAGCUGGAUGUACUAGAGAGCUGGCUGGACUACACUGGGGAACUGGAACCCCCAGAGCCGUUGGCCAGGCUUCCACAGCUCAAGCAUUGCAUCAAGCAGCUUCUGACUGACCUGGGCAAGGUGCAGCAGAUUGCCCUCUGCUGCUCGACAUGAAAUUGGGCACCCAAGACAAUUGGAGCACAAUCCUGGCCAUCUACCAGGGGAGCUUCGCAUAUUUAAGUAAAUAAACUUAGCAUGCUGAAUGCACGUGGCACUGACUGACUUCAGGGAUUUGGCCAGGAGUGUGAUGGACACUGGGACAGAGACCAUUUUGAGUGCUGGAGGACAGGAGGACAGGGCACUCUUGAUCUGGAAGCCGACCACGAAGGCAGUGCAGUCUUAGCACCCCUUUCUGUGCACAUUGUUGAACGAAGCAAGUCUUUGCACAUCUUCCUUGGAAUCGUGCCACUGAUGAUAAAUGGAGUGAGAGCCAAAAAAAAAAAAAAAAAAAUCUAGUUGGAAACAGUUGUAAAUGCAAUUCACGGUUUAUUUAAUUGACUUUUGUGUCAGGUUGAGGCAUGUGCCAACCCCUCUGGUUUCUCUGCCUGGCAUGGUGUAUGGGCAGCAGGCAGGCACUGUUUUCAUCCUUCAGCCUCACUGGAAUGUUGGGACCUCACUGUGCUGCAGUUUGGAAAGGAGGAGCAGGGGCCUUGACAGCACUGCUUCCUAAGACUUUAUUUUCUUGCCACGGCGUUGCAGGAUUUCACGGUACAGGGGACAAGGUUUUAUGUUUAUUACCCGAGAGUCAGCUGGGCCAUGGCUAUGGCAGUGAAGCCAAAACGUCUGAAGGAAGAGGUAGAAUCUUGUUGCAAUGAGAAUUGACAAGGAAUUCCAGAAGGAAGCAGGCAGGAUCUGGAACCCAAAGGACAGCAUUUUCUAUACUUACUAAUUUCAAUCUUCCCACUUUUAUUUAAAGUUAAAAAAAUGUUGCCCAAGAUUUUGAACUUUUACUGUAAAGAUUUGUUACAAAGAAUGUGGGAAUUACCUUAUUUUCUAUUGCCAUCUUGAGAUUCUGUGUGCCACUUUCCUCCUGAAGGCCAGCGUGGCUGCCGGCAUCUGCAGGGUUGCUGAUGCACUCAACACUUUCAGUGUCCUGUUUGUAUUACUUGUGAAAUCAAGGUGAUUAUGCUGCUUAAGGUCCAGGUACAACCAGUUUGUACCUUAAGAAAGAAUAUUUGUGUUAUUUUGCAGGUCUGGUUCCAUGUGUAAUUGCUGUAUUGUUUUGUUUUACCUUAUUAGACAAUGCUUAAAAGGUUCCAUGCUUUGAGGACUUCAUUUUACCAGUUUUUGCAUCACUAAAGGCAAAUAUCAAAAGUACAUUAUCCAUCAACACCCACAGGUUCAUGAGUUUUGGAAUCUGUAACGUUUUAGGUUGCAAAUACUUACUAUAUAAACAUCAAGGAGCCAAUGUCAGUAGCUAGUAACAGCAGCAUCUCCCUGCCUUGGGAAUGAGUAAGCUUCAGGCACAACAGGUCAUUGAGGCCUGUGAAUUCAGGCCUGUGUACAGAGAAGUUUCAGGAAAUGAGUGCCCUGUCUAGUGACUUGUUCACCAUCUGCUCUAAAAUGAGCUGCAGGGCAAGCAUGAGUUGACCUGGCACAGCUUAAGGAGUGUGUGACACAUAAAGAGUGUGUAACAUAGUUCCUUACAAAAGGCUGCUUCCCGCUGCAAGCACUGAUGUUUCUGUUGGGGGAAGAAAUGCUCCAUGUGACAUUGAUGUUCUGGGUGAUUUAUUAGAUGGCUGCAUCUUGAGAACUGGAUGGUGAUUGUCUGAAAGGGGAAGAGCCAAGAUAACUAUCUAUUGCGACAACUGUAUGAGGUAUGAUGAUUGUUAUAUUAGGUACAGGUACUGAUUUGGGGGCCAGAAAGAUGGCUCAGUGAGCAAAGGUGUUUACUACCAAGCCUGCUGACCUGAGUCCGAUCCCCAGUACCCUCACAGUAGAGAGAAUUUGAUACCUUGAAGUUGCCCUCUGACACACACCCACACGCUAAACAAAUGUAAUAAAGGUUUUUUAAUUGAGGUGUUUUCUUCUCUGUACUACCCUAGUAAAUUCCAUCGGGAACUAAAUCUGAAGGCAGCCCAUUGUGUCUUGUUCAAACAUGGAAGCAGAAGCUGGUGGUCCUGAUUCUGCGAUGUGGUCAUUGCUGUGUUUAUCAUUUAGGUUUGAAGGAAAUGAUCUGGUUUCAUUGUGACUUUUGUUCUUAGGGAAGCAAAGCAGACUCCCCGUGUUCUAAUAACCGCAGUUCUUCCCUAAAUUAAAGCCAUGUUGAGGAGCUCCACUCCCAGUUCCUGGGUCAAAGUGAACUAACCCUAAGUUGGAGCACUAGAAUCUGUUACUUGCAAACAAUGCAGAUACCAUUUAGGAAGACGUGCAUGAAGUUCUGUCUGUUUAGAAAGCUGUCCACCUAUACAAAGUUGCCUUGACACAACAGUUCUGGUUUGAUAGUUAUUUAAGUAUGUAUGCAAGGUGGAUCCUGGCUGAGCCAACAUUGCACUGUGGAUACGUACUGUGUUUACACACUAUUAGACAGAAGGCACUGUACAUAGGAGUGUUGCUCUCAAGCAAUAUUUGCAAAACAUGCAAACUUCUGUAUCUGGAAAAAAUAAAACAGGUUCUUGUUGUUA